AUGCACCGGCCACCAGGUUCUUCCCCCCAGAAUCCUUCCCCUAGCAGCAACCCCCGCGUUUGCUCCCCCGGUUCCAUGAGUCUCCGCCAUCGUGGUCCGACCCGCUCUGCCACCUACGCCGAGGGUUCAACCGUACCAAAUCAGCGACGGAACUCAACCUUGUCCGAUUCUGUAUCCGAGGCCCGAAAUUCGAUUCGCUCUUCCACGGAUGAUCUGUUUUUCCCACGUGCCGCCAAACAGGGUGAUGUAGAUGUCCCAAAUGAGGAGUCGCACUGGCAUUCCGCCCCUCUUGGAUUGGCUCUAUUGCCUGCAAUCGCGGGUGUCUUUUUCAAAAACGGGAGCGCGGUUGUGACAGAUGUCACUUUGCUAGUUCUUGCGGCCAUUUUUUUAAACUGGGAUUGGUACCGCUCCGCCCAGGCUGUUCGACAGCCUGAUAGAUAUUACGACGCCUCUGAUAACUCACCAGAACUAGAUGUAGAUGAACCCCAAUCAGCACCGAAACCUCAGGGAGAUUCUGCUGCAGCCGAUUCCAAACUUAAGCCACGAACUUCGGAUACCGCUUGCGUUGCCUGGAAAGAGCUUCAAACCCACGAGCUUGCAGCUCUCGUCUCUUGCUUUGUCUUUCCAAUAAUCGGAACAUGGCUACUCCACACCAUCCGGUCCAAAUUAUCGCGUCCCUCAGAGGGGUUAGUUUCUAAUUACAACUUGACUAUUUUCUUACUUGCCUCGGAGAUUCGGCCAUUCUCUCAUCUUUUGAAGAUGGUACAGGCACGAACGCUUCAUCUCCAGCGCAUUGUCGCGUUGUAUUCAGAAGAAGAACAUAGCAGGAUAGACCCUAGUCGAAUCUUUGAUCUUUCGAAACGUCUCGAAGAGCUUGAGGCCCAUAUUUCAGAGGCCGCAGCAGAGCGCCUUUCAUUGGAGUCUUUGGCUCACAAUCAGUCGGCUGGAACGUACAACGAUACGCAGUCCUUUAUCUCUCAGGUAACUGCGGAAGUUCGGAAAGGGAUCCAGCCAGAGAUCGAUGCUCUGACGCGUGCUGUUCGACGCUACGAGAAGCGCACGGCCACCACAACGUACCAGACAGAAUCAAAGCUUCAGAUUUUAGAAACUCAGGUGCAUCAGGCGAUCUCCCUCGCGGCCGCAGCGCAAAGCACCGUCAACCAACGACGCCGUGGCCUCGUACCGGCAAUUUUCGACCGGGCCUAUGCAGCGGCUUUACUUCCAAUUCACCUUUUUACGUCUUUGGCGUCUCUACCCCUUCAAAUAGCGACGUGGUGCUUGCAAUAUUGUAAAUCACUCUUAACUUCAAGUUCACGUCAAGAACGCCCCAAGGGAAAAGCGCCACAAGACAGGAGGUCGCGGUCCUCAAAACAUCCGAGAGGAGUGCCUCCGCAAGAGCAAGCGGAGCUAAAAGGGCUAAGAUCUAUUCGAGAACAUAAGGGAUAG